AUGUCUGAAGUUGCUGCUGCCCCAAGGAAAAUAGAAGGCCGUGGAAGAGGCAACAGGAGCAAGAAGUACUUUGAUUCAAUUGAUUGGACCAUGAAUCAACAGGGCUCCGAAGGCCAGAAGCCUCAUGCUUAUGAAAAUGUCAACCGCGAACCAGUUAAUACUGAUGCUCCUUCCGUAUUGGCAAAUUAA